AUGAAAUCAUUCUUUGCCAUCCCACUCUUCGCCGCCGCGGCCAUGGCCGUCGCCGAGCCCGCCUGGGACUUCACGUUCACAUACAGCGAUGGACACAGCACAUGGACAUCGGUGACAGAGGCAACAGCCAACCCAACCAUCCCCGUCGCACCGGCCUCGACCAGCGCGUGGACCGGCCUAGAGAACUGGACUUCCUACACCAGCUACACCGCGACCUACAGCAGCGGCAGCUCGACCUGGGGCAUCCCAACCACGGUCUCAUACUCGAUCGCCUCCGGCUGGACCAGCAUGAUCCCCGCCCCAGCAACCACUGCCCCUGCUACAACCGCUAAGCCAGCAACUUCUUCGACCGUCUCCAAGCCUCCCGCUUCCACCUUCACUGGUGCUGCCAACGUCAACGGCAAGAUGGCUGGUGUCGGUGCCGUGGCGAUGGCUGGUUUGGCUUUGGUUCUGUAA